UGUCGUCGUUGUUGGGGCGCUGGUUGGUUCUCCCUUCCACCACAUAAUCGGCCCCGUCGAUUUGGCUGGUGACCGCCAUAUUGUUUGCUUUGUGAACUCCUGUGAAUGCCGUGAAUUGCACCUAACUACUAUUCUGCCUAUAUUCCUAGAGCAGUCUUUUGUUGGAGGUAUCAUGGCAGAUGACCUUGACGUGGAGGCCUUGCUGGAGGCACCUUAUCGAAAGGAGGAGGUGAAUGGUGCAGGGAGCCUUCAUCAAGCAAGUUCAUCUGGAGAAGGCACUAAAGGCUCGGCUGACAAGGAGAACAGGCAUGGUAGCAGCAGCAAAAAAAGGCGCAGUAGAAGCCGGAGCCGGAGCCGAGGUCAUGGACGUCACAGAAGCCGAAGCCGUGGCAGGGAUAAGCGUCGUUCCAGGUCCCGGUCUCGAGAGCGAAGGCGGCGGCGUUCGCGCAGCCCUGGACGUCGACGAGGGCCACCGCUGCCUCCCCGACCGCGAAGCCG